AUGGCGCACGAGGUGCUGGAGCGGUGUAAACAACACGGGAUGACGAAUAAAGAGUACCAAAGCGCGUGCGCGGAGCGCGCGGCGUGCGGCGCGUGCGGCUGGACGCCGUGCCCGAACGCGCCGACGCGGGACGAUGGGACGACGCAGCGGUACGAGAUCGAUGGGAAAGCUCGAAAAGUGCGAGAGAUGGCGUUCGUGCGAGCGUUCUGCUCGCGAAAGUGCAUGAUGAUGGCGGAGGCGCUGGGCGAACGCUUGGGCGAACGCGCCGACGCGGUGAGCGCGCGCGAGGGCGCGGCGCGAGGACGCGCGGCGAUGGACGGCGAGGCGAGCGUGGUGAAACAAGACGUGCGCGAGCGCGCGACGACGGCAAAAAAAGCAUUCGAUGCGAAAAUGCCGGUGCGAAAAUCGGACGCCAUGGCCAAAGCGGCGACGGUGGACGGGUACGUGCCCAAGGCGGCGCGGAAAAGGAUCGAAGAGGAAAGGGAAAAGGAAAAGACCCAUCGAGCCGCGUCGAUCACGUGGAACGAGCCGGAGAUUGAAAAGAUAGAAGAAGAAUUGUGGCGAGAGAAACGAGAGGCCUCGGGCGUCGACCCCGCGGGUGGGGUGUUUUAUUUCGACACGUUCGGAGAAGGGAAAAAGCCCGAGGGCGACUUCGUGCCGAGCAUCGGCGGCAGGUUCUCCGAGGGACAACUGCGCACGGAACCGCGCACGGUGGUGGACGAAACUUCGCGAGCGAUGGAAAACUUAUUGUUAGAGCGCAAUGACGGCGAAGAUACCGAGUCACACGUCGCGUUGGAGGAAGACGUCGCGGAGACGACGCGAAGGAUGCUCGCGUCCAAGUUGACGGCGACGCCGAUUCCCGGGUUCGUGGACGACGGCGACGACGACGACGACGACGCCAUGACGGCGGGCUCAGAAGAAGAAGGAGAAGAAUCGUUCACCACGGGUGCUCCGAAGAUUUCGCAAUUCGGCUUGACGUGGAUGGCGGUUGAUAAUUUAGUCACCGACGCGACGUUUGCUCUCGUCGCCGGCGACGGCGCGUUCGUGGACAAGCUUCCGCCGCGAGACAGGUACACGGUGUCCGUGAGCGAGGCGUGGAACGAAAACUUGGCGAGAACGAUUCCGAAUUUGUGCGUCACGCUGAAUAUAAGCGCCGAAACUCGGCGCGUGGAACAAAAUUUGACAACGCUUUUGCGAACGUUUGCGUUCGAUCGCCCCGUGCCCGCGUUUACGAGCGAGCGGUGGGCGAUGAUGGCGCUGUUGUUUAUUGAAUUGUUGCUCCACGCCGAUCUCGUGAGCAAGGAAUCUAUCGGGAAAGAAGUAUUCGACAACGCGAACGCCAUCGCGGUGUUCGCGAACGCGGGGGCGACGAGCGAGGAGGUGAACAUCUUGCGCGAGCGUUUGCGCGGCGACGGCGUGAACUCGAAUUAA